AUGGUUGGCUACCGGGUGUUUUGUACGGCUAGCUGUCCGCCUGCCUGCCCGUCCGGUUGGAAGCUGAUGGUGGGGGGUAUGGACUUGUCGGGUACCGAGAUGAAGCUGGAGGGGAGGUGUAAGGCGAGGUGGGGGGGUGCGACGCUGGCUAGUGGAGCCGAGGCUGGAGUGGUGAAGGAGACGAAUAAGUUAUGCGGAUGGGGAGUGAAAAAAAAGAUACAACACAUUAGUAUAUUUUGUUUUGUUUUCUUUCUCUCAUUCUCUUCUCUUCUCUCUCUCUCUUUACGACUUUCUUCUUUUCUCUUUUAUUUCUUUUUUCUUUUUCUUGUUUUCUUUCAUUUUCGCUUUCUUUCUUUCGUUCAUUCUCUCUUGUCUUUCUUUCGUUCAUUCUCUCUUUUCAUAUCAUUCUUGCUUUCUUCGUUUAUAUUUAUCCAUUCUUUCUUUUUUCUUUUAUCCUUCUUUCUUUCUUUCUUUCUUUCUUUCUUUCUUUCUUUCUUUCUUUCAAUGACUUUUCCCUUUCUUUUGUUCUUUUAUCCAUUCUUCCCUUUCUCUCCUUCUUUCAGUCUUUCUUUCAUUAUUUCCUUCUUUCUUUUCUUCCCUUUCAUUCUUUCUUUCAUUGUCUCUUUUUCUUUUACUUUCUUUCAGUCUAGCUUCACUUUUUAUGCUUUUCUCUUCACACUUUACACUUCUUAUUUUCUUUCUUUCUUUCUUUCUUUUUUUCUUUCUUUAUCUUUCUCGCUUCUCCUUCUUUCAUUCGUUCAAUCUUCUCUUUCUUUAUUUCUUCCUUCCCAUUCAUUAAUUCUUUCUUCCUUUUCUUCUCUUUCUUUCUUCUCUUUCUUUCUUUCUUUCUUUCUUUCUUUCUUUCUUCUCUUUCAUUCGUUCGUCUGCUCUUCUCUUUCUUUAUUUCUUCCUUCCCUUUCUUUCUUUCUUUCUUUCUUUCUUUCUUUCUUUCUUUCUUUUCGUUUCUUCUUUUCUUUAUUCUUCUUUUCUUUCUUUCUUUCUCUUUCAUUCGUUUGUCUGCUCUUCUCUUUCUUUUAUUUCUUCCUUCCUUUCUUUCUUUCUUUCUUUUCUUUCUUUCUUUUCUUUCUUUCGUUCUUUCUUUCUUUCUUUUUAUUUCGUUCGUCUCCCUUUCUUUCUUUAUUUCUUCCUUCCCUUUCUUUCUUUCUUUCUUUCUUCUCUUUCAUUCGUUCGUCUGCUCUCCUCUUUCUUUAUUUCUUCCUUCCCUUUCUUUCUUUCUUUCUUUCUUUCUUUCUUUCUUUCUUUCUUUCUUUCUUUCUUUCUGUCUUUCUUUCUUUCUUUAGCUUCUCUUUCUUUCAUUCGUUCACUCUUCUUUUUCUUUCUUUCAAUGGCUUUUCCCUUUCUUUUGUUCUUUUAUCCAUCCUUCCAUUUUUCUCCUUCUUUUCAUUCUUUCUUUCAUUAUCUCUUUUUCUUUUACCGCCUUUCCGUCUAUCUCCUCUUUUUUAUUCUUUUCUCUUCACCCUUUUCUUAUUUUCUUCCUUCUUUAUUUUCUUUAGAUCCUCCCCUUCUUCCAUAUUUUUCUUCUCUUUCUUUCCUUUUUCUCCUCAUUUGCUCUUUUCUUUCUUUCUUUCUUUCUUUUCUUUCUUUCUUUCUUUCUUUCUUUCUUUCAAAUUUUUCUUUGUUAGUUUUUCUUUCUUUCUUUUUCUUUCUUUCCUUUUCUUUCUUUCUUUCUUUCUUUCUUUCUUUCUUUCUUUCUUUCUUUCUUUCUUCCAAUUCUCUAUCUCUCUGUUGUUCUAUCACUAUCCGUAUGCAUAUAUAUCAGUAUUCCACCCUCUGUUUCUAUCUAUCUAUCUAUCUAUCUAUCUAUCUAUCUAUCUAUCUAUCUAUCUAUCUAUCUAUCUAACACAGUCUUUUCAUGCUUAUUUACCUAUCUGUCUCAGUGUAUUCAUACUUAUCUAUCUAUCUAUCUAUCUAUCUAUCUAUCUAUCUAUCUAUCUAUCUAUCUAUCUAUCUAAGUCUGUCCAAUAUCUAUCUAUCUAUCUAUCUAUCUAUCUAUCUAUCUAUCUAUCUAAGUCUGUCCAAUAUCUAUCUAAAGCAGUCUUUCUGGCUAUCUAUCUACACUUUCUGUUCAAACCUAUCUAUCUAUCUAUCUAUCUAUCUAUCUAUCUAUCUAUCUAUCGAACACAGUCUUUUCAUGCUGUCUGUCUCAGUGUAUUCAUAUCUAUCUAUCUAUCUAUCUAUCUAUCUAUCUAUCUAUCUAUCUAUCUAUCUAUAUAUAUAUAUAUAUAUAUAUAUAUAUAUAUAUAUAUAUGUAUGUAUAAAUCGAAAUUUUGUUCGAUAUCUAAUACAGUCUUUUCAAAUCUAUCUAUCUAUCUAUCUAUCUGUAUUCUUCUGCAUCAGCUACUGGUACAUCGACUACAGCGUCUUCCACCAAUCGGGUUGCUAUUUGUGCUGCGGCAGCCACAGCUACAGCGCCCCAUCUUCGUCGACCGCUACAUUGGCUACAGCAGUUAUUUCUCGAGUCGUGCCCAACUGAAGGUGACGAGAUGA